AUGGGGCAGGACCGCGGCAUCGGCGGCGGCGGCGGCAGCAUGGACGCGGCGGACUCGAUGGGCAGGGCCGAGGGCGUGCCGCGGGAGCUGGCGGCGUUGGUGCGGCAGCUGCUGACGCUGGCGCGGCGGCAGCUACCGUCGAUGCAGCUGCGGCACGUUGUGGCCGUCAUGUGGGCCCUGAAGCGCCUGCGCGCCCCCGACGCCGCCGCCGCCGCCGCGCUGCUGCGCCGCUACCUCGAGCUACUGCCGCUCGCUACCCCCGGAGAGGCCGGCGCCGGCCUGCUGGUCGCGACGGAACUUGGCGCGUUCCGCGGCCGAGCGGCUGCGGCUGCCGCGGGCGGCGGCGGCGGCAGGGGCAGCGGAGGGACGGCAGCAGCGCUCGCGCCGCGGCCGGAUGAGGGGUCUUCGCUCAUGUCCAUGUACGUGAAGUCGGUGGGGUCGCAGCUGCUCGUGACGGCGGCGCUCGGCCGCGACGGCGGCCGCCAGCUGGCGCUGGCGCUGCACGCGCUGCAGCGCUGGACGGGCCGCGCCGCGCGGCCGCGCGGCAGCUUCCUGCGCGCGUGGGCGCGCGCGGCGGCGCCGCGGCUGGGGGAUUGGGCGCCGCGGGACGUGGCGAUGGGCGCGGCGGCGCUGGGGCACUGGCGGGAGUGGAGUCCCGCGGCAGAGGCGUGGGUCGGGGCGGCGAUGGCGGCGGCGCUUGAGCCGGGCCACAUGGCGGCGAUGAAGGGCGCAGACGCUGCGGGCCUGCUGGCGGGGUUUGCCGGGAUGCAGUGGGGCGCCGAGGCCGCGGCGGCGGCCUCGGCGGCCCGCGGCGCGCCGGGCCCGGCCGUGGGCGCUGAGGGGCGGCGGGCGCAGGAUGUCGGCAUCGGGGCUGUGGUGGUGAAAGGUGACCUUGGGGCGCGUUGGUGGGCGGCCCACCAGGCGUCUACGCUGGUGCUGCUGCCAUCGCUGACGCUGCAGGAGAUCUCCCUGCUGCUGACGUCAUCGGCUCGCCUGCGGCUGACGCCCGACCCCGAGUGGGUCGAGUCCCUCGGCCGCCGCGGCCUCGACCUCGCCCGCGGCGCCGCCGCGCGGCCCCGGACCCACGGCGCCGCCUGCCUGCUGCUCGUCGCGCUCGCGCGCGCCGCGGGGCGUCUCCCGCCCGACGCCGCCACGGACGCGCGGCGCGCGCUCGCGCCGGGCGUGGCGGCCGUCGCGGGCGCGCUCGCGCCGCACCUCGCCGGAGACAGCGGGCCGCUGGAUUUGGUGCAGAUCGCGUCCGCGCUCUCGAAACUCGGCGUCCGCCCCGGCCCCGCCUUUGUCGCCGCCCACACGCGCGGCGUCGAGCGCGUCUCGCACGCGCUGACCGGCCAGAUGUGGCGGCAGGUGCGGGACGCGUACGCGGCGCUGCGGCUGGCGCCCAGCGAGGCGAUGGUGCGGUCCUUCAUCGUCCAUCUGGGGUGA